GUCGCUUGCAUUACAAGCGAAAGUUAGUGAACAAACUUAAAAAAAACGAGUUACAAACGUUGUUAUUUGAAGAAGAUUAAAUUGUUGUUAUUUCGUAUACUGAAUGACAAGAUAUGUGCUAGAAUGAAGGUUUUAUUCUAAACGCUUAUAAACUUAAACCCCGUUCAUUGAACGAUCUAACUUGAAAGAGACGAGUCAUGAACAUAUUGUUAUAUUAAAACAGUUGAAUUAUUAUAAUUCGUAUAAUAAUUGAGUAAAAAUGUGUCCGUUAAAAUGGAGUUUACAUGUAUUUUUGUUAUGCACAGUAAUAUUGAGCAGCUGUGUGUUAGAUUCAUUUUGUUUAGAAGUGAUAUAUGCAGUAAAUGCUGGAGGUGAAGCGCACAUUGAUAGUUACAGAAUCCGCUAUGCUAGAGAUCCUUUAAUGGGAAAAGUUGGUACUGCUUCUGAUUAUGGCAAACAAUUACUUAUCGGACGCAUCAAUAGCGCAGAUCAAAUAUUAUAUCAGACGGAACGUUAUCACCAUAGUACUUUUGGAUAUGAUAUACCUAUAAAUGAAGACGGAGAAUAUAUUAUGGUCUUAAAGUUUUGUGAAGUCUAUUUUAAUUCCCCAAACAUGAAGGUAUUUGAUGUGGUAUUAAACGGAGAUCAUACAGUGGUCACAGAUUUGGAUAUUUUCGAAAGAGUUGGCAGAGGUAUUGCGCAUGACGAGUAUAUUCCAUUCAAGGUGCAAGAUGGUAAAUUAAUAUACAAUGACGAAGAAUCUGAUAUAUUGGCAGGAAAAAUAAGGGUUGAAUUUAUAAAAGGUUAUAGAGACAAUCCUAAGAUAAACGCGAUUGCAGUUAUUAGAGGAAGAAUAGAAGAUGUUCCUCAAUUAGGUCCAAUUCCUCAAGAACCUGAGGAAUAUCAUAAUAUACAGGACGACGAAGAAGAAUCAACGGUUCGAAAUAGGCAUACAAGUGGACCUCGUACUCCAGAUCCUUAUUCCAUUGAUGAUUCUUCUGUAAUGUUACCUGUCUUUAUAGCCAUAGGAGCUUUCAUACCUCUUCUAUUUUGUUUGUGCAGAUUGUAAUUUCUCGGUUACAAAUAUGCACUGAAACAUAAUGUACUUAAUAUUGACGAUGUUCUCAACUGCCUACGUUACUUUAAUGUACAAAAAAAUGCGUAAAUGAAUGGAAAGUAGCAAUGCACGUUCCUUUCUACUUUGCGUUAUAAUGUUAGAUUUAAGAUACAAAUAUUUAUUACUAAUUUAUAUAGAUGAGCACAUAUAUGCGUACAUGUACAUUUUUUUUUUUUGUCAAUAGAAUUAUUAAUUUAAUCAAUAGAAACGUACGAGGCUUCAACGAGGUCAUGGAUCUACGAAACUAUAUUUUAUAUUUUUCUUAUUUUUACAAAAGGUGUAAAAUGUAAUUUUACAUUUUGUUAAUUUCACCUCGCACACAUACGCAGCGUAAUCGAUAGCUUUAGGUAUUGAAAGCUUGUAGCGCAUAAUAGAUUAAAUGUAAAACUAAGUUAUAAACGUAAAUCAAGCCAAAAUGAUGUUUAGUCGAUAGCCCAUAUUAAAUAUACCAAAGGAUAAAUCAUUAAUCUUUGGAAAAUGAAAGCAAAUAAAGCUGUUACUAUUACAACA